UACUCUGAGAUUUCUGUGUCAGACAAUUUCCAUGCAACAACCAGGCAAUUCCCUUUGCGAUCUCUAAGCUGUAUAUAUUCUCCUGCUCUCUUCUCCCCUCGAAAAGAUCUCUGGUCUGUAGCUUCUCUUUGUACACUGUCCGUUGAAGGAAGAGCGGUCGCCGAUCAAAAUGGUGUUUUAUAAGGUGGCCGGGGCGUCCGAGUACCUCGCCAUCACCGGUUAUAACGUUCGUGACAUCAAACUUGCAAAGAAGGCCUUCGUCUUCCCGGGCCAGAGAUGCACCAAAUUCGACAUGUCCCCGGUGAACUACACCUUCGAGGUGCAGGCGAUGAGCGCCGAGAAGCUUCCCUUCAUCCUCCCCGCUGUGUUCACCAUCGGCCCCCGUGCGGAUGAUGUGGACAGCCUCCUCAGGUACGCCAAGCUUAUCUCCCCUCACGACAAGCUCUCCAACCACGUGAAGGAGCUCGUGCAGGGGGUGAUUGAGGGGGAGACGCGCGUGCUCGCUGCGUCCAUGACCAUGGAGGAGAUCUUUCGAGGGACCAAGUCCUUCAAGCAGGAGGUGUUCGAGAAGGUUCAGCUUGAGCUCAACCAGUUCGGCCUCGUCAUCUACAACGCUAACGUGAAGCAGCUCGUCGACGUCCAAGGCCACGAGUACUUCUCCUACCUCGGCCAGAAGACGCAGCAGGAGGCAGCGAAUCAGGCGAAGGUUGACGUGGCGGAGGCGAGAAUGAAGGGAGAGAUCGGAUCGAAAGAGAGGGACGGACAUACGAAGCAGAACGCGGCCAAGAUCGACGCGGAGACGAAGAUAUACUCCACGCAGAGGGAUGGAGAAGGGAAGAAGGCAGAGGCAAAGGUGAAGGCGGAGGUGAAGAUAUUUGAGAACAAGAGGGAAGCGGAGGUGGCGGAGGCCAACGCGGAGCUGGCGAUGAAGAAGGCCGAGUGGCAACGGCAGGCGAAGGUGGCGGAGGUGGAGGCGGCCAAAGCGGUGGCGAUAAGGGAUGCCGAGCUGCAGAUGGAGGUGGAGAGAAGGAACGCGCUGAGGGAGACAGAGAAGCUCAAGGCUGAGUUGCUCAGCAAGACUUUAGUGGACUAUGAGAUGAAGGUCCAAGAAGCAAACUGGGAGCUCUACAAGAGGCAGAGGGCGGCAGAAGGCUUGCUCUACGAGCAAGAGAAGCUCGCGGAGGGUCAGAAAGCGGUAGCCGAGGCGGCGCGCUUCGCCCGCCAACAAGAGGCCGAGGGAGAGCUCUACGCCAAGAAGAAGGAAGCCGAGGGGAUGGUCGCACUGGCCCAAGCUCAAAAGCUAUACCUCACCGCAUUACUAGAGGCACUGGGUGGAGACUACGCUGCGUUGCGGGACUACCUCAUGAUCAAUGGCGGGAUGUACCAAGACAUCGCGAGGCUCAACGCCGAGGCCGUCCGCGGCCUGCAGCCGAAGAUUAGCGUGUGGACCAACAGUGGCGAUGCAGCAGCUGAUGGCGGGGCGAUGAAGGAGGUGGCAGGAGUCUACAAAAUGCUGCCACCACUUUUCAAGACGGUGCACGAGCAGACGGGGAUGCUGCCACCUGCUUGGAUGGGCAAAAUGGCCGACACACCAGUUGUUUGAUCAAUUGUCGGACCGCCAUACAUCUAUGUAGCUGUGAAUGAUUAUUGUGGGUGCAACUUCUUUUGAAGCCAUUAGUCUAUGGUCUCAAUAAGGCUGCGUUUAUUGAAUGAAUAUAAUGGCACAGAUUGUAACUCGAGUAUGAACAAAAAGAUCGCCUGCAAUUGGAUGGAGCAUUUAGACA